AUGACUAGUGUCCAAGCCUGCGUGCUACAUGGUGGUUACUUGGUCGGGACGAGCGCCCACGAUGUUGCGUAUAAUAUGCACGGACUUGCAGUGCGGAUGGCAAUCAAUAUGGGAAUGCACAGAUCGGUCAGCUCCGACAUGUUGCAUCCUCUCGUUCUAGAAUUACGGAACCGUCUGUGGUGGAGCGUUUAUACCCGUGACCGGCUUUUCACAUUCCAAAUGGGUAGACCCUUGACAAUCGAGGAUGAUGAGAUUGAUACGCCUUAUCCGACUCAUGUUGCCGAGCUGGUAGUUGAUCGGUUCGGAAGCCCAGUAGACAAUCAGGUCGCAUUGAUUGACCUUUGCAAACUGCUUGGCAAGCUUUGGCUCAACCCCCUCCAACUCCCGAGUCAUCAACACCAGCCAGUUUCUGGCGCUCAACCGAACAAAUUGGAGUUUCUGACGACUGCAGCCAAGUGCUGUGUAGCUGCUGCCAUCACCACAAUCAAAAUACUCAAAUUCCUGAGGGAGAGCAAGCUCAUGUGUCGAUACGCGUGCCAGGAUUCACUAUAUUGCAGUGCCGCGCUCCAUGUAUUACUUCUGGGUGCUAGGCUCGGUCCUCCCACUGAUGGCUUCAAGGCCAUUAUCGCCGAUGGAAUCUACAUGCUACGAGAGCUAGCAGAGGGAAAUGAAACCGCCGCUUCUGCAAUAGAGGGUAUAACUACCGGCUUUAACCGUUUAUUCAAGACCCAAAUGUUACAACCAAGUCCGGCUUCCACGAAUCCUAGGGACCCUGCCGACUAUAGAACCAUGGGUAGCCGUGCUUGGGAGAAGUGGAUGGCUGAAAGCUCGGCCACAGCAACGUCCAGCGACAGAGUAUAUACUGGUAGGCCACUAGAUAGAGAUGCUUCCGACACAUCUCCCAGUACCGGGAAUGCGUUCAGUACAUAUCUACUUCGCAAUUUUCCAUGGCUGCUUUUGGAGAUUAUCCAAUCACCAAUCAGCCGUUGUGGUUUCCAGAAUUGGACAAAGGCUUCAGCCUUCCUGACGGAGGCCUGGGUGAAGGCCCAAUGA